UUUCAUUCCAUUUUCAAUCAUCGAAAAAACAACAAACAAAGAAGUACCGUUUUUAGACGAGCGCGAGCGUUUUUAGUGUCUGCUUAGAAAUAGAAACUUUUACAAUUGAACGCGGAUUAAAUGCUAUCCAAAAUGUACAAGGCCUCGUUAAAGCGCGAUUAAAUGACCGCACCGCAGAAACAGUAAGAUGCGCAGCUGAUGGAGAAAAGCCCCAUCCACUUUUUAACUGGUGUGUGGGAAAAAUCGAUCGAAAAACUGAAGAGAGUUCCAAUUGUGAUACAACAAAUAAAACAACAAACAGCAGUACAAAUUAGUUAACGUAGUUUAGCGAACUAAAACAGCAACAAUUAUACACUAUUCUCAAGUGCAAUAUCAGAAGCCAAAAUUCGCCAAUAACUAAAGUUCAUCUCACAUUCCUGCGCAACACAAAAACAACAAAAUGGCUGUAAUAACGUACUAGGCCAGCCCUCACAAUGUCUGUCCCUGUACGCUACUCUGCUGCCGCCGACGAAUACGCCGCCGAAGUUGAUUGUGAGUUGGAGUUGGAGAGCUCUCAGCAGCAACAGUUGCAGCUGCAACAGCAAUACGCGGAGCAAUACCAGUACCAGCAAUACCAACGCCAACGGGAGCAGGAUAUCGCCUACUAUUGCCACUUGCAGGCGGCGCGGCAGCAGGAGCAGUUGAUGCAGCAGAGGACAUCGAUGUCGUCGUCGGUUAUGCCAGGACUCGACUUGCCGCACCAGGACCACCAGGAGAACGCCACCAACAACAACGGACACGGAUUACUACUCCACCACGCCAUGGACGCCAACAGCAUCAAUGCCAUUCUGGUCGAUGACGAGCAACCCUCAACUUCGGCCCAGGCGGCUGCCGCUGCUGCUGUCUCUCUAACUGGAGCUGGAGUAUCCGGUGUUCCCACUUCUCCAAUUGGUGGUCCUAAUGGUGCCGGCAAGUUGCUGGCCAACGGCAUUAACCACAAUGCAGAGAUGCCAACUGAUUGGAUGAGGAUUGCGGACGAGGGCAGGUAUGGGACACCGGGUGCUGCUGGCUUGGAGUAUCAAAAGUAUGAACAACAACAACUCGAGGAUCUGGAGGAGGGCGAGGUGGCAGGUGCCGUCGGAGGCAACAACAACAAUGAGCCGUCGCCAUCGAAGAAAUUGGAGGAUCAACUGCACGCCCUCACCUCGGACGAGCUGUACGAGACGCUCAAGGAGUACGAUGCCCUGCAGGACAAGUUCCAUACGGUGCUGCUGCUGCCCAAGGAUUCGAGGCGCGAGGUCACCGCCGGCGGACGAGAUGGUUCCGCCUAUGUCCUGCGCUGCCUGAAGAUGUGGUAUGAGCUACCCUCCGACGUCCUGUUCUCGGCCAUGAGCCUGGUGGACCGUUUCUUGGAUCGCAUGGCUGUCAAGCCCAAGCACAUGGCCUGCAUGAGCGUUGCCUCGUUCCAUUUGGCCAUCAAGCAGUUGGACCUGAAGCCCAUACCCGCCGAAGAUCUGGUUACAAUAUCUCAGUGCGGUUGUACCGCUGGCGAUCUGGAACGGAUGGCCGGCGUGAUUGCCAACAAGCUGGGCGUCCAGAUGGGACAUGCACCGAUCACAUCCGUGAGCUACCUGCGCAUCUACUACGCCCUCUUCCGCAAUUUGGCCAAGGAGAUUGGCGGUGACUUCUUCAAGUUCUACCAGCAGCUGAUCAAGCUGGAGGAGCUGGAGAAUCGCCUGGAGAUUUUGCUGUGCGACGUGAAGACCACCGUGAUUACACCCUCGACUUUGGCCCUGGUGCUCAUCUGCCUGCAUUUGGAUUUCCAUAUCAAGGAGUCGUACACGCGCGGUAGUCCGGAGCUUAAGCAUGUCUUUGAGUACAUUCUCUUCCUGCAGCAGUACAUGAGGAUUCCCGAUCGCGUUUUCACCUGCGGUUUCAGCAUUGUUUCGGGCAUUCUGUCUCACUACAACGGGCAGAACAAGGCGCCCUACAAGCAGCGGCUAGUCUGGAAGUUGUCCAGUCGCACGCUGCGCGUCCUGCGCCCGAUCAAUCGAUUCUCCUCCGACCUGCCCACCAUAGAGGAAGGCAUCUCCAAUGCCCUCGACGAUGGCCUGCGUUCGAGGACCGAGAGUAUUAGCUCCGAGGAGGAAGAGGACUGGCCCACUUCACCCAUAAUUCCAAUUUUCGAACAAUGUUAGUAUCCAGCCGCCAGCCAGCAGCAGUAGCAGCAGAAGCAGCAGGGACCAUAGCUGGAACUGGAGCAGCGGACAAGAAGGAACCAACAACCAAAAGGCCGCGCGGCACACAACAAACGCUCCUGUGUUCGCCCGUCAUCCAGCCUCCGGGAGAGUCAACACAUACACAUAUCCUCGGAGAACGAGACACGAGCCUGAAAACAGCAGAAGGAGGCGGAUGAUGGGUGCAGGAGGAGAUUAUCUACAUCUUCAUCUUCUUCGUGUGUGUCGUGCGAGCAGCGAUCCAUCUGUGUGCUCGUUUAGAGUAGGUAGCGAUGUAUGUGUGUGUAUAUUUUGCUAAAGUGCAUCAUAAUUAUUUUGGCAUACGUGUACACGUACGUGUAUUAGCGCUGGUUCUAACAUUUAAGAAACAAUUGAAAUGCGGGUGGGAACCCCCUUUCGCCGCGUUUUGUGAGGAGAGGCGACCACGACCAGUGGCGCCUGAAAUUUUUUCGAUUUAUUUUUGCGGCAGACAAAAAAAUACGUGAAAAAACCAACAAAAGCUACCAAGAAAGCAACAAAAAAAUAUAUAAAAACAAGAAAAUAAUGCUGCGGACCAUCAUACAAAAGAUUGAUGCCGUUCCGGAUCAUAUUAUUCGAGAUCAGUGAGAGAGAGAACAUGAUUUGAGAAUUGCGAACCCACAAAAAACCAAUAAUCACAUCUGGAAUGGGACAGCAAUUUUUUGCGUGAGAGACCGUGAAAAAAAACCACUAAAAAACCAUCAAAAAAGCAAAAAAGAAAUUAGAAACCGAAUUAGUUUUGUAAAAAAUUUAUGUUCUCCGUGUUCGUUCCGCUCUUAUAUCAGUUAUGUAAAAUCCCGGUAAGAAAAAAACGUCUGAAAAAAUCAUAAAAAACUAUAAAAACGAAAAUCUAUAAAAAAAAGUACAAAAACCUAAAAGAUAAGCUGAACCAAUCAAGCCACAAAAACAAGGUCAGAUCAGAUUAAUCUGUAAUUUUAGCCGCGCUCAAGAAAACGAAAAUAAAUCCCAAAAAAGUAAUAACUAUAUAAUUCGCCGCCUAUAUUGACUAAGAACUCUUAACAAUAAUAAUAACAUUAAACAUUAAACAAAAUGAUGAAGAAAACCACAAUAUUGUAGUGUGUGUGUCUAGUAGAUUUUUCUCUGUAUAACAAAAACUUAAAAGCAAAAACAAAACAAAAACACUAAACAAAAAGCGAACUCAAUUUCCGCCCUAAAAAAAGUACAUUUUGUUAUUAAUUAUACAAAAGCAAUCAUUCAUUUGGAAGGCCUUAAAAUUUAGUUCGUUCCAAGAUGAGUGAUUUUUUAUAUUUACCUAUUUUUCAUUUUUUUUGUUAAAUAAUAUUAUACUGUAUUUAUUAAAACAAAGGAUAUUGUAAAAACGAAAUUCAUUUAUAUGUUGUACCAUCUAAAAACCUAAUUUUAAAGCAAAAACCAGCGUUGACACAAAACCCAUCCAAAAUGACAACAAAUUCAACUCCAAUUGAAGCGCGGCAGACUUUGCUCCGAAAUUAUGAUGCAACAUUUAGCAAGAUGUACGAAGUUAAACAUAGAGAGUGUGUGUGAGAGCAGGAGAACUAACGCAGAGCAUAAAAACAAUUGAAAUUUGAAAAGAUUCUAUACAUUUUUCUCGGAAAACUAAACCAAACCAGUUGCUGAUGAUCAGAAUGUCUGUAAAUUUGAAUAAAAAUGCGCUUGCCAGCCACUCCACGGUUUCGGCAUGCAGUUUUUCAAUGAA